UUAAUUGUCUGAAAAAGCUGUACUUUUUCGUCCACCCAAAAAAAAACCCAGAGGCCACGAGCUUUGUCCUUUCCUUACCAAACAAAUAGUUUCCCAAAAAAGAGAGAGGGAGAAACGGAAAAACCCUGGAGAGAGGAAAGACUGGUAGACAUGGACGACGGCAACACCACCGAGGCGGAGCGAUGGCUAACUAUAGCGGCGAAGCUACUCGCUUCCGGCGACUUUCACGGCACCAGGACUUUCGCGAUCCGAGCUCGAGAAUCGGCACCUGUCCUCGCCGACCAAAUCUUAGCUGUCACCGACACUCUCUUAACCGCUCAAUCUAACCCUCGUGACUGGUACGGUAUCCUCCAACUCGCUCCUUUAACUCAAUCCAUGGAAGUCGUGGAGAGUCAGUAUAUGAAACUCGCGAUUCUCUUGAACCCUGUGAAGAACACGUUGUCUUUUGCGGAUCAAGCGUUUCGGUUCGUUUCUGAAGCUUGGAAUGUGUUGUCGAAUCCUUCUAAUAAGCUCAUUUACGAUAAUGAGUUGAGGUUUCUUCAGUUUGGUCAUGUGAGUCAACUCGGUCAGCAACAUUAUCAACAAGAACAGCCACAAGUUCAGCAACCGCAACCGCAGACGCAGACGCUAUUUAUGCAGCAACCACCACCGCCAAAAGAAACGCAAACGCUAUUUAUGCAAACGCCGUUGAAAAAAACGCAAGCGCAAGUUACGCAAUCACUGUUUGUGAGAAGCCCUAGAGAUAAUAACAGUGAUGGAAAUGCUACAUUAGGAGGAGGGGAGCAGUUGGGUUUAAAUAAUUAUUCUUCUGAGUCAACUUGGACGAGGCAGAUUAAUCAGACUGGUUUAACUCAGCCGAGUCAGAUUAACCAGACGGGAUCCGUUGGUUCGAGCCAAAUUAGUUGGCCGGAGCCAACACGGACUAGCCAGAUUAAUCAACCUGAGGCUGUUGGGGCAAACCAGAUUAAUCAGACUGAGCUGACUCGGAUGGAUCAGAUUAAUCACUCAGCAGCUCCUGCUCCUGCUCCUGCUCCUACUCCUACUCCUACUACUCCUACUAAGGAGAAUAGUCGGGUAGAGCCAACUGGUGCGAGUCAGGAAACCAAUUCGGCUCAGGCUAGUCAAGCUACCGAGUUAGAGGGAUCAACUUUCUGGACAGCUUGUCCGCACUGUUACUCUCGUUUUGAGUAUCCGAAGAUGUACGAGAAUUGUACACUAAGGUGUCAGACUAAGGACUGCAGGAAAGCUUUCCAUGCGGUUGUGAUACCUUCUCCACCUGUUCAGACAGAGCCAACUGAUGUGACUCGGGCUAAUCAAGCUAUUGAGUCAGAGGAACCAACAUUCUGGACGGCUUGUCCGUACUGUUACACACUCUGUGAAUACCUGAAGGUGUACGAGGACUGUACGCUAAGGUGUCAAACUAAGAACUGUAGGAGAGCUUUCCAUGCAGUUGUGAUACCACCGCCACCGAUGAACGGAAAGGACACAUAUAUCUGCUCCUGGGGUUUUUUCCCUAUAGGAUUAUCUCGUAAUGGUAAUUUCCCAAAUUGGUCACCUAUUUCGACCAUGUUUGCUUGCCCUGACAACAAGAAUGCUGGAAAACAAAUGAAUACCAAAAAGUCUUCUCCAAAGCUGUUUUAUGAUGAACAAGAUGUAUAUGUAGAGAUCUCUGAUUCGAGCAUGAGUUCCGAGAAUGAGGAUGAUGAUGAUGAUUGGCGAAAUGAAAAGAGGGAGAAAAAGGUGAACAAUUCUAAAGGGAAAGGAUCUAGGGGGAGAUAUGCAAAGAAACCACAGAGUGAGAGAGUGAAGCAGGGGGGUGAUGACCAAGUUAAUGCGGAUCAUGGUGGGAAUUCGAGUGGUGCGUCCAUGGUGCCGGACAGUGUGUCAACUGCUGAAUCAAGCAGAAGGAAGCAGAUGAAAAGAGGAACGAAGGUUUUGGGGAAGUUGGAUUUGAACGUAGAGUUUCGGAACGAGGCAGAAGAGCCGGUGGCAGGGAGGAGUAAGGGGAAUGAUGCUGGAAACGAGGAAGAGGAUAACAAUGAAGGGAACGGUUUUUUCGAGGGUCUAGAUGAAUUUUUCAGUAGUUUGCCUAUACUCUCAGUUGUCGGGGAUGAUAAAGUUAAGGCUUCUGAGUGAAGUAAGAUCGUUUUAUCCCCGCACGGUUGUAGUCACUUUAAUUGUAUGCUUAUUGUAUUUUAAUUAUAUGGAAGGUACUAAGGAUCUCAUUUCGUAGUU